AUGGACCAAUCUUUCGACCUACCUGAUUCCACCGACUGGGUGGGAACACCUUUGUCGCUACUUGCGCCUCUCGAAUCUUCGCUCCGGUGUCAGGUCUGCAAAGACUUCUUCGAUAACCCAGUGAUCACGUCGUGCAGCCAUACAUUCUGUUCGCUGUGUAUUCGUCGCUGUCUCAGCACCGAAGGGAAAUGCCCCGCAUGUCGGAGCUCUGAUCAAGAGCUGAAGUUGCGCCGCAACUGGGCCGUGCAAGAGCUAGUCGACGCGUUCAUAACGGCGAGGCCUAGUGUUCUGGGUCUUGCGCGAGCAGAGAAGGAGCGCCUUCAAAAGCGCGAGGACGAUAAUAAGCAGCCGGCGCAAAAGAAACGAAAAGUCAGCCGCGUCGCAGAGGAGGAAGCACAAGCUGAAGAGGCAAGCUCGCGAGGCCGACAGACACGUUCUUCAAGAACAAGAAGCUCGGUAGAAAAGCCGAUUGCUUCUGAGAUCACUCCCGAGGUUAUUGAGGAUAGCCAAGAUGAUGAUGAUGAAUAUAUUCCUGAAGAUGGCAUGGUCGCAUGUCCAAUCUGUUCCCAAAAGAUGAAGGAAGAAGCUGUCUUCGGACAUCUAAACGUCCAUACAGAAGAGGAAUCUCGGCCUGCAAAGCCAGCUACUUUUGGGUCACUGAUGGCCCCGUCGCAGAAAGGCCUCACCAUAGGAAAACCUCCCGAUCGACUCCCUGCCAUAAAUUAUUCCAUCUUGAAGGACAUCUCGUUGCGCAAGAAGCUCCGGGACCUCGGUAUCCCCGAGUGGGGUCCCAGACAGCUUCUACAGCGACGCCAUACGGAGUGGAUGAACCUGUGGAACGCGAACUGCGAUUCCAAAAAUCCCAAGUCGAAACGGGUAUUGCUCUCCGAGUUAGAUAUCUGGGAACGGACGCAGGGAGGACAUGCUGCCACACAAUCACCAUUUGUUUCGACGAACAACGUUAUGCGCAAAGACUUCAACGCCAAUGAGUGGUCUUCAAAUCAUGACGAAGAUUUCAAACGACUCAUUGCGAAUGCUCGGAAGAAGAGUGAGCAACAAGUUAGAUCCACAAUCCCUGGUGCAGCUUUGGACGGGUUAUCUGAGCCUGCACAAGCUCCAUCGCAACAGCAUAGCGAGGCACUGCCACCGAAUGGUGCUCGCAUCCAAAACAGCCAAGGCUCUGAUGCGAAUAAUACCAUUGACCUUUCCGGGUGA